AUUUAGGCGCGGCGGUGAUAGCUCCCUUCAACAUUUCAACGUCUCUUCUCCUCUCCGCUCCGCACCCCACCUAUACAUACAUAUAUACAUAUACUUUUUUCAAUCAUUCGAUUCCCAUUCUAUUCCAUCCUUAUUUCUAUUAAUAUUUUUUAUUCUUCAUAAUCAAUUCAUCCAACAGCAUAUAUUGUCUCUUCAUCUUCUAUAUAUAUAUAAGGGUAAUAAUGGACGAAAAGCUAUAGCGACCCCAUGUAUUUCUCUCUGAAGGAAUAUAUUUCACGUUUUUGAUUCAAGGAUCAUCACGAUUGGUUUAUGAUGGAAAGCAAAAGUGGAUAAAACUAAGGAAUACCAGAAAAUCUCGAAGCUGGAACUCCUUCUUCUUACGCCCUAACACUAGUGAUAAAUUGAAGACAAGAUUAAUACUCUUUUCAAUCUCUGAGAUUCCAAAUUUUCUUGUGGUCGUACACAUCUAGUUUUCUCGACAUCUACAACAUAAUUGAUAAAUUUCAGCAAUAUUUUUUCUAGGCAGAAUCAGGAGGAAGAAAUUUGAGCCAGCAUUGAUUUAUAACCAGUGUCUCAAUGUCUGAGCAUGUCAUGGAUGGAUCAACAGGGGAGAACAUCAUAAAUGAACCCGAGAGACAUUAUGUGCCUCACAAAGAAAUUUUCACUGAGAGGUCUCCAAGAAGCCCCUUGAUUACGCACAGUCCACCAUUGAGCACACUGAGCCGCGAGAGUGACUCUAUUCAUCUGCCAUUGGAUGAGGCAGUUGAUACCUCUAUUGAGCAAUUGUAUAACAAUGUAUGUGAGAUGCAGAGCUCUGAUCAUUCACCCUCAAGGUAUAGUUUCUUAUCAUAUGGGGAGGAGUCGAGAAUUGAUUCUGAGUUGCGGUUUCUUGCUGGAGGAGAUUACCUUGAGGUGGAGAUAAAAAAAGAGGUGGUGACCGAACAUAAUGGAGGAGACACUAAUUCUGAGGAAGAAAAAAGAUCUAAUGAGGACCUUGAAGACACAAAUAAGAUCCAUCCUUAUCCCACAGAAGCAAAAAGACUUUCUCAUUUGCAAUUCAACUCUGAAGCCUCUCGUAAGGCUAAUUUAAGGAGCAAAACUUUUCAAGGGAGACCACCAAAGGCGAAGGAAAAUGUGAAGUCUUUGAAGAAGUUGAGUUCAGUUUCCUUUCCUAAAAAUGAAAGGAGUUCUGCUUUAGAAGGGAUGAGAUUGCAGAAUGGAAAUGUUGAUCAUCGUGAGCCAGGAUACCUUGGACCAUAUCUACUCAAGCAGGCAAGGGACGUCAUAGCAUCUGGGGAUAAUUCUCAAAAAGCUCUUGAGUUGGCUCUUCGAGCAAUGAAAUCAUUUGAGAGACGUGCAAAUGCCAAGCCUAAUUUAGAUCUAGCUAUGUGUCUGCAUGUAGUUGCAGCAAUAUACUGCAGGCUUGGCCAGCAUACUGAGGCAAUUCCCAUUCUUGAGCGAUCGAUUGAAAUUCCAGUGAUGAAUUUGGGCCAAAAUCAUGCACUUGCUAAAUUUUCCGGGUGCAUGCAGUUGGGUGAUACCUAUGCGAUGCUUGGGCAGAUCGAGAACUCUAUUCUGUGUUACACUGCAGGUUUGGAGAUUCAACAACUAGUUCUGGGGGAAAAAGACCUUCGAUUUGGCGAGACUUGUAGGUAUCUGGCUGAAGCUCAUGUUCAGGCAAUGCAAUUUGGUGAAGCUGAGAAGCUAUGCCUGAUGGCACUUGACAUUCAUAAAGAGAAAGGAUCCUCAGCUUCUCCUGAGGAAGCAGCAGAUAGGAGACUUCUGGGACUUAUUUGUGAGUCUAAGGGAGAUUAUGAAGGUGCUCUUGAGCAAUAUGUUUUAGCAAGCAUGGCUAUGGCUGCCAAUGGCCAGAAUGCAGAUGUGGCUGCCAUUGACUGCAGCAUUGGUGAUGCAUAUUUAUCUUUGGCACGGUAUGAUGAAGCUAUAUUUUCUUAUCAGAAAGCUCUUAAUAUGUUAAAGUCGAACAAAGGAGAAAACCAUCCGUCAGUUGCUUCAGUCUUUGUCCGUUUGGCUGAUUUGUACAACAAGAUAGGGAAGUUCAGUGAUUCUAAAUCUUAUUGUGAAAUUGCACUUCGCAUAUAUUCUAAGCCUCUCCCUGGAAAUCUCCUGGAGGAGAUUGCUAGUAGUCUAGUGGAUAUUUCUGCUAUCUAUGAAUCCAUGAAUGAACCUGACCAUGCAUUGCAGUUACUUCAGAAAGCCAUAAAGGUAUAUGGUAGCACACCAGGUCAACAAACCACAAUUGCAGGAAUUGAAGCCCAGAUGGGGGUCUUGUUCUACAUAUUGGGGAGUUAUUCUGAUUCUUACGACUCUUUAAAGAAUGCCAUCUCAAAGUUUCGUGCAACUGGAGAAAAGAAAUCUGCCCUUUUUGGCAUUACUCUGAAUCAAAUGGGCCUUGCCUGUGUGCAACUUUAUUCAAUAAACGAGGCUGCUGAUUUUUUCGAAGAAGCCAAGAGCAUUUUGGAGGCUGAAUGUGGGCCGUAUCAUGCUGACACUUUAGGAGUUUAUAGCAACCUUGCUGGAACCUAUGAUGCAAUGGGCAGGACUGAUGAUGCAAUUGAAAUCAUGGAAUAUGUGGUUGGGAUGAGAGAGGAGAAGCUCGGAACAGCAAAUCUUAAUACAGAUGAUGAGAGACGCAGAUUGGCUGAGUUGCUAAAAGACGCAGGAACAGUCAGGCGCAGAAAAUCCUUGUCACUGGAAAUGUUACUCGUUAAUACCUCUCAGACUGCAAUGAAUGACAGCAUUAUGGUAUCAUGAAUUGUCAAUUAUUUUCUUUUUAGACUUCAGAAGUAAAUUUCCAAAAAAAGAGGAGGGGGAGGGGGAGGGGGGUUGGAUUUCUUUUCUGGGUUCGUUUGUAAAUGUGAAUUGAUGAAAUUCCUUUUUCACUAUUUGUAUCUUAAUGGUUUAAUAAAGUAAUGGUUGGUUUUAAUUAUCAUUUGUUGUUUCAGCUA